AUGAAGGAGGGUGAAAUCCGAAGCAGCCGAGAACUUCUGAAAUUACCUUCUUCAAACUGGGGGGGACAGACACUAGGAUUUCAAAUGAGAGUCAAGGUAAGCAAAUACAAUGGGACCCAGAAAUCCGACUGGAUUGGAAUGCGGUCUUGGGGUUGCAGUGGCCGGUUGUUUUUGGAAACACAUCAACUCAGCACACGGGAACAAAAAAUAAAUGGACAAAGCAAAUUGGGUUUCGGGCAUAAUCAAAAAUUAAACUUCUGUCAUAAAAAACCCCUUUUAUAAGUUUCCUUUGUGCUACGCUUUGGUCUGACCCUUCUAAGAAAAGAGAUUGGCAGCGAUGGGAGAAGUUCAGAAGAGGAUGAACAUAGCACAGAGAAAGGAGGACCAGGAAAGACCCUCUGUCUGAAAAUAUGGGGAGCUGCUGCCAGUGCUCAAGGCAAGGCCAGCUGCUUCUGUGCCUAUAUGUUGUUGUUUAGUCGUGUCCGCCUCUUCGUGACCCCCUGGACCAGAGCACGCCAGGCACUCCUGUCUUCCACUGCCUCCUGCAGUUUGGUCAAACUCAUGCUGGUAGCUUCGAGAACACUGUCCCACCAUCUCGUCCUCUGGCGUCUCCUUCUCCUUCUGCCCUCCAUCUUUCCCAACACCAGAGUCUUUUCCAGGGAGUCUUCUCUUCUCAUGAGGUGGCCAAAGGAUUGGAGCCUCAGCUUCAGGAUCUGUCCUUCCAGUGAGCACUCAGCACCAGCUGGAGCUGAGUGCACCAGUGAGUUCUUCGGCGAUCAGCCUUCUUUAUGGUCCAGCUCUCACCUCCAUACAUCACUGCUGGGAAAACCAUGGCUUUAACUAUACGGACCUUUGUUGGCAAGAUGAUGUCUCUGCUUUUUAAGAUGCUGUCUAGAUUUGUCAUCGCUUUUCUCCCAAGAAGCAGGCGUCUUUUAAUUUCGUGACUGCUGUCACCAUCUGCAGUGAUCCUGGAGCCCAAGAAAGUAAAAUCUCUCAUGUCUUCCCCUUCUAUUUGCCAGGAGGUGAUGGGCCCAGUGGCCACGAUCUUCGUUUUUUUGAUGUUGAGCUUCAGACCACAUUUUGCGCUCUCCUCUUUCACCCUCAUUAAGAUGUUCUUUAAUUCCUCCUCACUUUCUGCCAUCAAGGUUGUGUCAUCUGCACAUCUGAGGUUGUUGAUAUUUCUUCCGGCAAUCUUAAUUCCGAUUUGGGAUUCAUCCAGCCCUGUGCCUAUAUAAGAAAGGGCAAAGGGUGUGGAUCUUUUCUGGCUUAGAAAAAACACACAACUGGGAGGCAGAUCUGUUAUGCAGUCUGAGGCAUAAACUGGGGAUCUCCAUGGUAAGAGGUUUUAAAAUAAAAUAAAUAUCAAAGACCACAUUGCAGGGCUGCUGUUAGCAGGGUGCCCAGGGAGAGAACAUCCUGGCGCAGCCUUCCCUGUCCUGCAUAGCUGUCAACGUUUCUCUUUUUUUUAAGGGAAAUUCCCUUAUUCCGAAUAGGAUUCCUCGCAAGAAAAGGGGAAAGUUGACAGCUAUGCGGUCCUGGCCCUCUAAAAGGGAAACAUUUCCUUUUAAUAAUAAUAAUAAUAAUAAUAUUUAUUUAUACCCCGCCCUCCCCAGCCAAGGCCAGGCUCAGGGCGGCUAACAAGCAAUAAUAAAAACAAGUUGAAUGAAUGCAACUGAAAAACAAGAUUAAAAUAUAACAUUAAAAUACUGAAACAUUAAAAUUUUAAAAUCCAGCUUCAUCAUAGGAGGAGAAAGAAAAAAGAGAACAUUUCCUUUUAAGACUACAACUCCCAUCCUCUCUCUCACUGCGAGCCUCGCCCAGCUGUCACUGGCGGGAGGUGGAGUCUCUGGAGGGCGCCAGGUUGGGGAACGGGGGCGAAAGGGAGCCGGGACUUUCCGCUUGCCACGCUACUCUAGCCCUUUCACCCAGCUCUAUGGUCGCGCUGACGACACUCUAGCCACCGGCGGACUCCUCGCCGGAAGACGCAGCGCGUGCCGCUCUAGCCAUCUCUUUCGCGCCUCUUCUCCCCGCGUCCUAGAGCGCCCGCGUCCUAGAGCGUCCCACCCACCCCCUUGCCUAGUCUGGGCGGGGCUUUGCUUCCUUUUUCCCCCCCUUAUGAAUUCCACGAACGCUGCUUUCGUCUAAUAAGUCGUUACUUACUUUCCACACAAGCCCAAUUAUCAUGAUUAAAGGAAGGAGAGUUACCGGAAGUCCCGCCUCCACACAAGCCCAAUUAUUAUUAACGGGAGGAGAGAUGCCAGAAGUCCCGCCUCUUCCUCUCCCAUUGCACAUCCGGGUCACGCCUCCGUGCCUCGCAGCCUCAUUCGCUGUCCGGAGAGGAACCGGAAGUGGCGGGUGACCCGGAGCCAGUCUUCCGGCGCGCGCGGGGGAAGGAGAAGGAGCGCGAGGCUGCGCGGGCGAGCGAGGAGAGAAGGAGGCGGGAAAGGAGGGGAGGACUGGCCCGGCCUUCCUCCGCCCUGCUCUUCCUCCUCUGGCCGGGGCGGGAGGCGGCCCCGUCGGUGAGUGAGGCCUCCUCGGGGGAGCCAAGGCCCUGAACCAGCGCCUCUUCAGCCUGUGGUUCCCCAGGGGCGCGUGGACUACAACGCCCAUCAUCCUUGACCAGGCACAGGCAAACUCCGGCCCUCCAGAUGUUUUGGAGGACAUCUGCUUCCUCCAGGAACCUUAACUUUUCUAGAAUGUAACGGUGUCCAUCUUCUCCAGGCAUAGGCAAACUCAGCCCUCCACAUGUUUUUGGGACUACAUUUCCCAUCAUCCUUGACCACUGGUCCUCUUAGCUAGGGAUGAUGGGAGUUGUAGUUCCAAAACAUCUGGAGGGUCGAGUUUACCUAUGCCUGCCCUUAAGGGAAGCCCAAAACUCCGGCCCUCCAUAUGUUUUGGAACUACAGUUCCCAUCAUCCCUGACCGCUGGUCCCGUUAGCUAGGGGUGAUGGGAGUUGUAGUCCCUAAACAGCUGGAGAGUCAAGUUUGCCUAUGCCUGCCCUAAAGGGAAGCUCAAAACUCUGGCCCUCCAGGUGUUUUGGAACUGCAACUCCCAUCAUCCCUAACCACCUGUCCUGUUAGCUAGGGGUGAUGGGAAUUGUAGUUCCAAAACAGCUGGAGGACCAGAGUUUGCCUAUGCUUGUCCUUGACCGUUGGGCUGAGCUGGCUGUGGAUGAUGGGGAUUGUAGUCCAAGACCACUGGAGGGCACCGGGUUGGGCCAGGACCAGUGGUCAGGGAUGAUGGGAAUUGUAGUCCCAAAACAGCUGGAGACCCAAAUUUGGAAAUCCCUGGACUAGAACAGUGUUUCUUCAACCUGGGCGAAGUGGGCUAGGCGUGGGUGGACCACAACACCCAUCAUCCUUGAUCGUUGGGCUGAGCUGGCCGUGGAUGAUGGGAUGUGUGGCCCAAGACCACUGGAGGGCACCAGGUCGGGGAAGGUUUGUCUGCAGCAGGGUUUCCCACACUUGGGUCUCACGCUGUUUUUGUGACUGCAACUCCCAUCAUCCCUGGCUGGCCAUCCUCUGCCUUAAACCCUGGAGAGCGGCUGCCAGUCACUGUAGGCCAGGCACCCCCAAACUCGGCUGUUUUGGGACUCCAGUUCCCAUCAUCCCUGAUCACUGGUCCUGUUAGCUAGGGAUGAUGGGAGUUGUAGUCCCUAAAGAGCUGGGGAGCCAAGUUUGGGGAUGCUUGCCCUAGGCAUUUGGUUCCCAAAUAGUGUUCUUUGGACUCCAGGGGGUCUGUGGCAUCAUUCGCAUAACAAAAAUUGCCAUAGAUAUAUCAACAAUUUCAAAAGUAGGGGAUCCAUGGCUUGGCUUUUGAGAAACGGGGUCUGCAGUACUUAACUAAUUGGCAACCACUGAUCUAAGGCAUCUUUCUACGUUCCAAGAGUUUUCUAAAUGUAUUUCCUUUUAACUUCUCUGACUAUAAUGCCACGCAACCAUAUGUAAAUGACUAUCUGUUGAAAAUCUGGCAUCACUGGAUCGAAUUCCUCAAUUUUGUUGAGUUAAUUAAACAGUUUUAAUUGGAUUGUGAAUAAAUGUGCAAUUAAUUGUUAUUGUUUUGAAUUUUAUUGUCAUUCUGAACAGUGCUUUUUAAAGGGGUUGGGUUCCGGAAAUGUUUGGGAACGAGUGUGGGCAUGCUUAUUUUUCUUUUCCUUGUGCUUUGCCAGGGGUCUUUUUGCCCUGAAGACAGCUGUGCUGGACGCCCUCAGAAUAACUGCCUCUUGUCUGCAGAACCAGGGAUAGUCACAUCCUGCAACUAUGGGUGACAGUGAUGACGAGUAUGACCGCAGGCGCAGGGACAAAUUCAGACGUGAAAGGAGUGACUACGACCGUUCUCGAGAACGUGAUGACAGGCGGCGAGACGACUGGAGCGACAGGUACACCCCAAGUGACCUGGGGAAUGGAAGCAAUGGCGGAUGUGCUUAGAGAGUUGCUCUCUUCCCAGGGAGACCAAACUUGAUGCCUUUCUUUUCUGUGGCUGCAGGAAAGCCCAUUCAUUCUUGGGGGAGGGUGUCUACAAGAUAGGAAGGAGUUCUAUAUUUAUUGUUUUCUUUAUUUCAUUAAAAUGAUACACCGCUUGAUUGUUUAAAAAACACACACAAAAAACUACAUCAAAGUGGUUUACAAAAAAACCCAAUAAAGCUAUGAGUAAGAAUUAAAAUAACUAGGGACGCGGGUGGCGCUGUGGGUUAAACCACAGAGCCUAGGACUUGCCGAUCAGAAGGUCGGUGGUUUGAAUCCCCGUGACGGGGUGAGCUCCCGUUGCUCGGUCCCUGCUCCUGCCAACCUAGCAGUUCGAAGGAACGUCAAAGUGCAAGUAGAUCAAUAGGUACCGCUCCGGCGGGAAGGGAAACGGCGUUUCCGUGCGCUGCUCUGGUUCGCCAGAAGCGGCUUAGUGAUGUUGGCCACUUGACCCAGAAAAACUGUCUAUGGACAAACGCUGGCUCCCUCGGCCAGUAAAGCGAGAUGAGCGCCGCAACCCCCGAGGCAGUCACGACUGGACCUAAUGGUCAGGGGUCCCUUUACCUUUACCUUUAAAUACAGGUUAAAACCUGCACCAGCUUUCUAAACACCUGCUUGUCUAAAGAAAAAAGUUUUUAACAGGCACCAAAAAGAGUACAGUGAAUCUGCCUUCCUGAUAUCAAUAGGCAGGGAGUUCCAUAAGUGCUGCUGCACUAAAAGAUUGAGUUCUUAUAAAUGUGGAGCAGGUAUUUUGUGUGACAGCAGCAGUUCUGCCCAUCUGGGUAGGCUUGCCUGAAGAAAAACGUUUUAAGCGUAUUAGAAUCCUUAACACAUGAUGGUUGAUUGCCCUGUUUUUGAGGGGGGCAGGGUGGAAUCCAGGUAGAGCAGGUCCUGAAAUAUUUCUCAGGCACUUCAGCUCAUGGCACAGAGGCCUGGUAGAAAACCCACUUGGGCUGAUUUCUGCCCUGCCAGCCGCAGAGAGGGGUCAGUUAUGCAUGCCCUCCUUACCAGCUCUGUGGUGUUUGCAUCCAGGGACUGGGACAGGGGCCGAGAGCGCCGCAGCAGAGGCGAAUACCGUGAUUAUGACCGGAACCGGCGGGAACGCUUCUCCCCACCUCGCCACGAACUGAGCCCUCCACAGAAACGGAUGCGGCGAGACUGGUAGGUGGCUUUUCGAUCUCCUCUGGGUUGUUCUUCCAUUCUUGUUCUGCGUUACGUGGCUCUUCAGUUUCUGGUUCCCAAGAGGAACUGCUCAGCAGAAAGAGCAUAUUUGAUUAGGUCUGGGGAAUCUCUGACCUUCCAGAGCGUGAAGAACAUAAGAGCCCCUCUGGAUCAGGCCAGUGAGUGUCCCAUCUAAUCCAGCCUCCAGUUGUCACAGUGGUCAGCCACAUGCCCCAUUGGGAAAUGCAGAAGCAGGACCUAAGCACAAGAGUGUAGUGUUCCGAAAGCAAGGAAGGAUUGGACACCUGAUUAAUAAAACACACACGAGGCUUGACCAGCAAGACUCUGGGAGGAGUGCGUAUAAUAAUAAUUCCUGUCCACCCCUCGGCCCAGGUCGUUUUAUUCCCAAAAGAACUUUUUACACAGCGUUCGUAAGAACCAAUCCGAUAUUCUCUGAGCAUUUCCAAAACCCCACAUGGGACAAAGUCAGAUCAGAAGAACUUCUUCUAACUUCAAAGAAAGCAUUUCCUACUUGAGCAUGCAUAUGUAGUUCAGAGUAAAUAAAAGAGGAAGCAAGAAGGCAUGCUUUUAGGGAACCCUGGACGUCAUAAACAGGAGAGGCAGGAUGGCAGUAUUUACCAUCUCUUUGUGAAUUCUCUUCCUGGCACCUUAAGAUCUAUCUAAAGAUUAAACUACAUCAAAGAACCUACUAUCUUUAUGUACUGAGGAUGUCUGAUGAACAACUGGCCUGUGUUUCAGAAUGCUUAUACGUGCCUGUCAGGCGUAGAGAAAGCAAAUGGCAGAGAUGCAGAGGCUUGUGGGAUUUGAUCAGAAAUUAUUGUCAAUGAAUCAAACCCAGUCAACGCAAUGCUUUCAUUGGGGACACAAUGGCUUGAUGCAUAUUUUAUAAUUCCUCAUAGUAAUCCCAUCUGAUCACUACACAAGAGCAACUCUUUCCAGCAACUGGGAUUAGCUGUUCUUAAGGACCUUGAGUCCUUGUCAGGGGAAAAGGCAGGGUAUCAAUAAAUACAUAACAAUAAUUCAAAAGCAUUGCUGCCUCCAACUACGGAGGCAGAAUGUAGCAGUCAUGGCUAGUAGCCACCUUAUUUGGUGACUGUAGGAGGGAGUUCCACAGUUCCACUGCGUUUCUUUUAUCAGUGCUGGCUCUCUCAGCGUUCAGCUUCAUUGAAUGUCUACGAGUUCUAGUGAUACGAGAGAAGGAGGCAAAACCUUUUCUUUAUCCAGGAUAACCUGGGCGGAGGGGGAAGGAUGCUGGACGUGGAAACGAUUGUCCAAGUUUGAAAAGCUGGUAUCACAGGAUCCAGUUUGUCCAUUUUGUUGAAUUAAUCAAGCUAAAUGGUUUGAAUUACCGUAUUUUUCGCUCUAUAGGACGCACCGGACCAUAGGAGGGGGAGAACAGGGGGGAAAAAAUCCUCCCCCUCUCUGCUCAGCGCCCCUUCAGCGAAGCGGCAGGAGAAACGGAGCCCCUUCCAUUUCUCCUCCUGCUUUGCUAAAGGGGCAUUGCGCAGAGAGGGAAAACUGUGCAGCACCUCUCCAGCGUAGCAAAGCCUGGAGAGCAAGAGGGAUCGGUGUUCACUCUCCAGGCUUCAGGCGGCUAUCCGCAAGCCUUCGGAGUGCAGCGGGAACUCCUGCUGCGCUCCGAAGGCUUGCGGAUAGCUGCCUGAAGCCCCCGGAGCGCAGUGGGAGUUCCUGCUGCGCUCUGGGGGCUUCAGGCGGCUUCAGCGAAAGCAACACGAAGCCUCUGGAGCACGGGGAGAGUCUCCCUCUGCGCUUUGGAGGCUUCGCGUUGCUAUCACUGAAGCCCAGGAGCCUGCAUUCGCUCCAUAAGACGCACACACAUUUCCCCUUCAUUUUUGAAGGGGGAAAAGUGCGUCUUACAGAGCGAAAAAUACGGUAGAUUUUGAAUAUAUGUGCAGUUAAUGGGCACCGUUCUGAAUUUCACUGCUCCGUUAUCGUGGGUUGUGCAGACUGGUAUUCUGAAUAUUGCAUUUUGUAGGGUAAGGCAGGACACACCGGGGAUGAGGUUAUGGCACCAAGGGUGUGGACCAGCCAGAAACAGUUUGGGAAGAACUGGUUUUAACACCUAUCCCCUUGCUCCAAAAUAAAUCGGGAUCAAUUAACACUUUGGUUCUCCCCCAGUCCUCUUGGUGGUUUUAACUUUACCCCCUCCCCCAAAAAACUUCUGCAGGGAUGAGCACACAUCGGACCCCUACCACAGUGGCUACGAGAUGCCUUACAGUGGCGUCACCACCGGCCCUACCUACGGACCUCCGCAACCUUGGGCUCACCCAGAAAUGCACGUGACACAGCAUCACAUCUUGCCUAUCCAAGCCAGGUAAGCUGCUCCGAGCACGUCCUGCGUCUUCAAGCCAGGUGGCCUUUGCCACUCAGGUGAGGGCUGCUCUGCCUGAAGACUGUGAGAGAUGUUGGUCAAAUCGUCUGCCCAAGAACAGGUGCCUACAAAUACUGAAAUGCCUCCCUGUUGCUUUCCGUGUGACAAAGUAGAAUAAUAGGAUUGUAGAGGCGAAAGAGACCCCCGAAAGUCAUCCAUUCUUACCCCUUGCAGUGCAGGAUAAUAACAGCUAAAUAAAAACUAGGCCUAGGACCCUCAUACCUACGGGAUCGCCUCUCCCGGUCUGCCCCACGGAGAGCCUCAAGGUCCAUAAAUAGCAACACCCUAGAGGGGCCGGGCCCUAAGGAAGUCAGAUUAACCUCAACCAGAGCCAGGGCCUUUUCAACUCUGGCUCCGACCUGGUGGAACGCUCUGUCUCCUGAGACCAGGGCCCUGCAGGAUCUGAUUUCUUUCUGCGGGGCCUGUAAGACAGAGUUGUUCCGCCUGGCCUUUGGCUUGGAAUCAACUUGAUUCCCUCCCCCUCUUUUUUCUUUUUCCUUUCUCCUCCUGCGAUGAGGCUGCAUUUUAAUAUUUUAAUGUUUCAGUAUUUUAAUUGUUUUAUUUUAAUCUCGUUUUUAAGUUGUAUUCAUUCAACUUGUUUUUAUUAUUGCUUGUUAGCCACCCUGAGCCCGGCCUUGGCUGGGGAGGGUGGGGUAUAAAUAAAAACUAUUAUUAUAAUUAUUAAUAAUAAAAACAGCUAAAUAAAGAGCACUUCCAACAGGCUCAACCCUGGGCAUGAAAAAUCAGAUGAGAAGGCAGCAUUUGAUCACCUGUGGGUGGGCCCUGGAGAAGGCGGACGUGGCCCCCCCAUCCGUGCUUCAGUUACUUCCAGGGGCGGCCCUGCCAUGCACACAAUGUGGGGCUCACUUUGGAGAUAAUCUGAGAGCUUUAGGUUUCUUCAAAUGCAGCAGCCAGGCCUUUGCUUCGUGCUCAUAGGCUGGGGAACAUAACUGAGCUUUCGUCAGCUCCAUUGACUUCCAAUUUCCACCUGGGCUCCUUUAAAGCCCUAAGUGGCUUAGGGCCAGGUUGCCACGUGGUCUUAUAAUUCAUAUUGUGCCGCUCCGGGUACUUAACAGUAGAAAGUACCCAGGCUUCUUAAGUAAUUACAGUUAAUUAAAUAAUUACAGUUAAGUAAGCCUUGCACAGGCUUCUUAAGUAAUUACAGUUAUGUUGGAUUUAGCAGGGUUUGGAUUGGUUACGUCAGGUUUACCCUGGGUUUGUCGUUAAUCCUGUUGGUAAAAUAAAAACAAUACUAGCUGUUCGUUUAGCUAAUGCCCACUUUUCACUGGAGGUCCCAGGGUGGGUUACACCUAUAAAACAAAACGUUGUAAACAGUUUAAAACAACAGUCAUAAAAUUAAAGUGGGGCUGAAAGAUAUGCCCCUCACGGGUCAAAAACCAGGGGAAGGAGGUGCAUCUUCAGCGUCCUCCGGAAUGCUGUAUGAUAGAGGUGAAAGGUGAACCUCUGCAGGGAGGGAAUUCCAUAUCUUGGGGGCCACCACAGAGAAGACCCUCCCGCAAUCUACCACCAAGAGUCAUUUAGAACUUUCAACUACAGUGGUACCUUGGUUCUUGAACUUAAUCUGUUCCGGGAAUCCAUUCGACUCCCGAAACCGUUCGAAAAACCAAGGCGCAGCUUCUGAUUGGCCACAGAAGCUUCCUGCACUCAAUUGGAAGCCGCAUCGGACUUCCAAAAAAGUUCACAAACCGGAACACUUCCAAGUUUCGCGGCGUUUGGGAGCCGAUUUGUUCUGGAGCCAAGCCGUUUGAGUUCCAAGGUACCACUGUGUAAUGUCAGCACCUUGAAUCUGGUCCGAAAACAAACUGGCAACCAAUGCAGCUGCUUUAAAACAAGGGUUAUAUGGCAUCCCAGCCAGUAAUCCGGCCACUGAGUUUUGGAGCCGUUGAAGUUUCCCAGUCGUCUUCAAGGGCGACCCCACAUAGAGCGCGUUGCAGUAAUCCAUUCUGGAAGUUAGCAGAGGCAAAGUCAAAUCCAGGAGCAGCCCCAAACUGCGAAAAAAAAUUGGAAGCCGCCCAGAGUGGCUGGGGAAGCCCAGCCAGAUGGGCGGGGUAUAAAUAAUAAAUUAUUAUUAUUAUUAUUAUUAUUAUUAUUAUUAUUAUUCCUCCGAGGGGGUGCGACCCCAUCCAGGGCAGGCCACCCCUCCCAUCUCCUGCACUUGACAACUCAACUUUGCGCUUGAAAAGGGUCUGCAGAGCUUUGCUGCUUUUGAAAGGGUCGCCUCUUUGCGCCGGAGACGUCGAAUUGCGAGAACGCACACCUUUUUAUUUCCCUUUUUCUCCUUCCCUCCCAGGCUGGGGAACAUCGCAGAGGUGGACCUGGGCAUCGCCCCUCCCGUCAUGAAGAACUUCAAGGAGUUCCUCCUCUCCUUGGACGAUUCCGUCGACGAGACGGAAGCCGUCAAGCGCUACAACGACUACAAGCUGGACUUCCAGCGCCAGAAGAUGCAAGACUUCUUCCUGGCCCACAAGGAUGAAGAGUGGUACGUCUCUCGUGGGCUGGGCCUUCUUGCCUUGGACUGGGGCGGGGGAGAGGCGGGAGGUGGAGCAAGGAGAGGUCUGGUUCCCGCAGGGAUGUGUAUCUGUAGUUAUGCGUGACUGGCAACCUAAAGAAGAGGCCUUCAGAGCGGAAGAUAAUUCAGUAACCAGUUGGUAGAUAUGUCAGGCGUUAGAAGGCUGCCGCUGCCUGGCCUUCCGAUGGGUGUAGCUUGCUGGAAUGCUCAGGGCUUCAAAUGACUUGUGUGAGUUAAAAAAAUUCAGUGUAGCAUGAAGUCUCCAGCUAAUUGAAAGAAUAUUCUGCACAUAUCCCUGUGAAGUCCUUGCACCUUUUCUCCAUGGGGUAUAUGAGCCCCAUCCCAGACACACACAGGCAGGCUAGAAGAAGAAGCACGCACACAUCCAUUCUGGGUGCUGGCCUUGUUCCUGAGGCCCCCCUCCCAUAAAUAGGCCCCCCUUUCCCCUUGGACUGCCAGAUUCGGGUGCUAAUUCACCCUCCCUAGUCUACGUUUCUAGUUUACAGAUAGCAGAGCAGCGUUAGUGAGUGGGAGAGCUCUGUUACAACCAGCGCAGCCAAUGAAAUCAACCAGCUGUUCCCAGCAUAUUCAGCUCCGGCUCCCCCAGCCUGGUGCCUUCCAGGUGUUUUGGACCACAGUUCCCAUCAUCUCUCAUCCGAGCCGGCUGCGCCCGUUGUCUGAAGCAUCUGGAGGUUGCCAGGUUGGAGUUGGGUGGUUUAGUUGAAGCAGCGGGCUUUGACUUGGCGUGCUCAGGUGUGCUCUACGAAAUGUAGAAACUGCUUAGAAGGAUGUGGUGGUUCAGGGGGUCAAAAAGGAAUGCUGAGGAAUACUGAAUGUGUGGAAAUAGGGACGAGAGAGGUGGGAAAUGAGAGACGUGUAGAAACCCCGCCUCUCUGGAAGUCUUUGUUGUUCUCCUGCCAUCUUCAUCACCUACAUACCGUCUUUGCUCCCUUGACAUGUGUUCCACUAGUUCUCUUUCACAUCAGUAAGCAUAAAAACUUCUUCCACCAGCGGCUGGGUUCACACAUGACUCAUUUAGCGUGGGUGUGGCUUGUUAGAAGUCCCAAGCCCAGCAUGCUAACCAUGGUUUGUUCUCUGGCAGCAGACCGCAACAUGAAGCUGCGGCUUGCUGCUGGCUUGUAAACCAUGGUUUGUUCCAAUUACGGUCUUAACCCCAGGGGUCUAACCCCAGUGAUCUCGCUUGACCCCUACCCUAGAUGCUCUCCAAGCUUCAAGGCAAGGCUGGGGAGCAAAGCAAGCUUUGGAGAGAACAAACCAUGGCUUGUUGUCACGUGGUUCGUCGAACAAACCAUGGUUUAGCAUUGUGUGCGAACACAGCCAUGGUUAUCUGAAUCCAGAUGGUAACGAGCUGUUUUGCACCCACUCCCCUCCUCUCACUUGUAAAAUGCAGCUUUUCAUCAUUUAGAUGUCUUGUGCUUUUUCCUAAUUCCUGUCUGCUUCUCAGCUGACUUGCUUGUGUACUAAAUACUUUCAGAAUUCCAGUUUGGAAACCCCAGUUCCUCUUUUACUUGGGUUCGCCGCUCAAUAGCUCCAGCAGCUUGUUCGCCUGCUGUUAAAAGCACACGCACGCUUUCCAGCAGAAUCCUUGAAAACUGAGCAAACGCAAAAUAAAAUUGAGAAAGAAAACUGCCAGCCACUAGUCAGGGGAAGCAUCCUUGUAUUGAUCUUGUUAAUUAUCUGCUGCAUUUAUACCCCACUUAAUUUAUCCAAAGAGCUCAAGGGGGCGUGUUCAUGGUCCUCCCGCCUCAUUUAAUCCCCACUGUAACCCUGCAGGAUAGGAUAGGCUGAGAGGCAGUGACUGGCCCCCAAGGGCCGAAUGGGAGGAUUCGAACCCUGGUCUCUGCCAGGUUCUAGUGCAACAACUCUACUCUGCUUUUGAGGGCAUGUGUGGGUGGGGCAUGGCCCAUCGGAUGGGGAUGUUUCUGGUUUUUUUGUGUUAGUUUCUACAGAGCAUGACCGCAGCUGCUAUUAUUGAACCAUCCGAAAUCAGUUUACCAGGUUGGCAGGAUGGGUGGAGCAGGCUUCAGGUCAGGCCCACGGAGAACCGGGAGGGUUAGCGAGGGUUGCUCCAGGGCAAGGGAAGGAGGCUGGGGGCGAAAGGUAGCCUCUGGAUGGACGUGGCCGAGAUUGUUUGCGUGCCUGGGGAGCGGAGGGCCACUUUGCUGCAGCGCUGGAUGGGGGAAUCUCAGCAAGGGGAGUCGGCUGUGUGUGGUUCCUCUUCCCUAGGCGAUUGGGUAUCUAACACAGCUGUGUCUCUCUCUCUGUGUGUGUGUUCACUUUUGACCAUUUUAAUUUCCUUUGAUAGACUUGAACUUCUUUCAUUUUUGUUAAUUGGUUGUUGACUGUAAUAACUUGGCCUUUUCUCCCCUCCUCCCAAGAACCUCUCACAGGAGACUCCAAAAACCAUCCGUCCUCAGCCUGGAGAAUCCAUAAAUAAGCAAAACAAACCAAAGAGCCUUGAAUGUGCUUUUUUUUUUCAAUUUUACCCCCUUCCUCUCUCUGCUGGUGGUGGCGAUUUUUUUUCUUCUUCCUCCGUAGCGCAGACAGUCAGGGUCUUCACUGUGCACAAUGCAGUGACUAGCUGAAAGUGAGUUGGCAGGAUGUAGGCAGAGCAGGGCGAAAUCGCAGGCACCAGAGCCUCCUCUCUCUUUUGUUUUUGUUUUCACGAAGUCCUGCGGCCCAGCGAGAGAGAGAGAGAGAGAUUUUCCAAUCUUUUGGGGGUUAAGCCCGUGCUGCUUUUUUCUUAAAAAAUCCGCCGAAGAAAACUCUCUUCGCUUGGAAGGCUCGGAGUGUGACUCCUCUCAGUGUAUGUAUGACGUGUUCUGUCUUCUUAAAUCAGAGCUGAGAGCAAAAAAAAUAAAAAUCUAAAAACGCAUAUCUUGUAUUUGCAAAAGGUAAAAAAAAAAAAAAAAAAGACUGUAGAAGGCGUGUUUUGAAUUUGGUUGUAUUAAUUUCCACCCUUCCCCUUUUUAACUGCCUUCCCCCAUCGAAGCUGCUUUUACAUCUCUGCCCCCCCCCAUCUCCAAAUCCUGAGAGCGUAUCGUGCCCCAAAUAGGGCGAGGCAGGAUUGGGCCAAAGAGGAGAGAACUGCAUCCUGUACUCACAGUAGCUGAAUGCCCCAAAGAACCUAGGAAUCUAGGUAGGCAGGCUGUGGAGGCUGCAGUGUCCAUAAGGCCUUAAGGAGAGCUUUGCUGGAUGAGGCUCAUAGCAUCCUGUUCUCCGGUGCCCAUUAUGAGAAACCAGCAAGCAGCAACUCUCCCUUCCUGUUGUUUCCAGCAACUGGGAUUCAAAAGCAUCGCUUCCUCCAGCCGUGAAGGCAGAGCGCAGCUGUUGUGGCUAGCAGCCUUCGACAGCCCUCUCUUCCACGAAAAUGGAGUAAAUGGCUGCCUCACAAGCAGGGACCCCCAGAUCUCCCCGCAGAGUUUGACCUCUUUGACAGGAGCGACCCCCGUGGAGCUAGCCCUCCCCACACUCUGAGCUGGGGGGCGGGCUGAGGCUUUCUUCAAACAGGGCUCUACUUCCUUAUUACACAUAGUUAGCAUCUGCGGACAAAAGAGGGCUUUCCGUCCCUGCCUGGCAGGUGAGGCUUGGGGUGUGGGGACAUUUUAGCAUGGCAGCGGUGACCUGGCCAUGGCGGAGGACCAGACCAGGGGAGGCUUGAGGAGAAGCCUGUGGCAAGCCUUGAGAGUGAGGCAGGAAAGGCCUGGAAUAGUUGUUGCUGCUGCUGUUAUUAUUAUUAUUAUUAUUACAAUUUAUGACCUACGUUUCACUCCUAAAGUCCCAGGGCUUGCAGGGCGUGACAAUGAAAACCCAAUCCAAGGUGCUUGUGUCGGCGUUUAAAGUUACCUAAAAGGUCGCCUCCUUCCCUACAGACCCCUUCGGGUGCCAGGAUCUGCGGAGAGGUCCCUUUUGGCAGUUCCUCCACCCUCAGAGGCUCAGGGUAGGGGUGACCCAGGGGGAGGGGACCUUCUCUGUGGUGGCCCCUAAGCUGUGGAACUCCCUUCACUGUGAUGCUCCCGGCGGGUGCUGAAGACGCCCCUUUUUCCCCUGGCGUUUGACACUUGAGGCGUACAUUUUUAGGACCCGCCUUCCCUUUGCAGUGGCUAAGUAGAUUUGAUAACCACAAGCUUUCUCUGGGACAAUAAUAAUAAUAAUAAUAAUAAUAAUAAUAAUAAUAAUAAUGGAAGGCGGGGAAUAAACUUGACAACGGCAGCAGCAGCAACAAACUAAACCCAAAGAGAGAAGGGGAAAGGAUUCUGAACCGAGCCAAGUUGUCGAGGAGUGAGAGGCCCUUUCUUAGACCAAAGCAGUCUCCCCGAAGCACCCACUCUGCAAAGAAUCUCGCUGGCACACCCGCCUUCCCUAUGGCGGGAGACAGUGAGCGAGCGGCGCCCCUUUUUGUGGAGGUGGGCUUUGGCCUGGCCUGCCAGCGACCGAGAAAUUCCUCAAGCAGCGCUCCCCUCCCCUCUACACUUCCAUUUCCGCAGAAACCAAACCAAACAUAAAAGGCACCUGGAGUUUCCUCCCUCCUUCCCUCGCUUUGCAUGUGUGAAUUAGCGACCGAGAGGGUCGUGCUUCCCUUUCCCUUUUUCCUGGCUAACACAUUUCUUCCCCUCCCCUUCGCCCCUCCUUUUCUGUGUCUUUCUCCUGCCCCUCCCCGCCCCCCCUUCUGCUAAUUUGGGUUCCGUUCAGGUUCCGGUCCAAAUACCACCCGGACGAAGCCGGCAGGAGGAAGCAGGAAUCUCACAACGCCCUGCAGAACCGCCUCAAUGUCUUCCUCUACCUCAUGGACAAUGGCUGGUUCGAGAACUUGCAGCUGGAGAUUGACAAGGCCAACGCCAUCAUCAAAGUCUUGGAUGCCGGUACAGUUGCUGCUGUUGUUGUUGUUGUCCUCCUUGCAUAUACCGUAUUUUUCGCUCUAUAAGACGCACCAGACCACAAGAAGCACCUAGUUUUUGGAGGAGGAAAACAAGAAAAAAAAAUAUUCUGAAUCCCAGAAGCCAGAACAGCAAGAGGGAUCGCUGCGCAGUGAAAGCAGCGAUCCCUCUUGCUGUUCUGGCUUCUGGGAUAGCUGCGCAGCCUGCAUUCGCUCCAUAAGACGCACACACAUUUCCCCUUACUUUUUAGGAGGGAAAAAGUGAGUCUUAUAGAGCAAAAAAUACCAUAUUUAUUUGUAACGAAAAGCAACACAAGCCACAACGAUGCAGAAGUGCGGUGAAGCCACACUUCUACAGACAGAUUUCUAUAGCAAAAAUCCACGUAAUAAGUUAAUAUCUCAAAGUUCCGAGUAGCACAAACCACCUUUCUUGAGAAGAUCAUGAAAAGACUCUUUCCCUCUUCUUCUCACCAUAUACAGUGGUACCUCAGGUUACAUACGCUUCAGGUUACAGACUCCGCUAACCCAGAAAUCGUGCUUCAGGUUAAGAACUUUGCUUCAGAAUGAGAACAGAAAUCAUGCUCCGGCGGCGCAGCAGCAGGAGGCCCCAUUAGCUAAAGUGGUGCUUCAGAUUAAGAACAGUUUCAGGUUAAGAACGGACCUCCGGAACGAAUUAAGUACUUAACCCGAGGUACCACUGUACUUAAUUCGUUCUGGAGGUCCAUUCUUAACCUGGAAACUGUUCUUAACCUGAAGCACCACUUUAGCUAAUGGGGCCUCCCGCUGCCGCUGCACGAUCUCUGUUCUCAUCCUGAAGCAAAGUUCUUAACCCGAGGUACUAUUUCUGGGUUAGCGGAGUCUGUAACCUGAAGCAUAUGUAACCUUAGGUACCACUGUAUGCAACCGUAGCCAGAUAUACAACGUCCCAGAUUGCAGUUACCCACGCUCUCAUGAUUGGUGUUCUCGUCCCCCCUCCCCCCAUUCAGUUUUGACAAAUAAUUCUGGCAGCAGUUAAGAGACCUUGCAUUAAUUCCCUGCCCUUUGUUAGUGCUUCUUUCCUUAACAUAACCAGAUAGCAAAAUUAGAGGAUCCAUGGGUAAAGUAAAUCCAGUUAUUACUUCAACAGUAGGGUUCAAUUUACCUAAUCUGGCCUCAAGAUUUCUAGCGAAGGAGAGUUUUUGCUUUGGGUGCCCAGAAGGCCAUUGCGUCUGUCCUCCUCACAAGCCAAAGCCUGCUUCACCUCCAGGCUUGACUACUGUAACUCGCUCUAUGCGGGGCUGCCCUUGAAGCUGACCCAGAAACUCCAGCAGGUGCAGAAUGCCGCGAUGAGGCUCCUUAUGGGGUCCUUGCCGCAGGAUCACAUUCAUCCAGCGCUUUACCAACUGCGCUGGAGUACAGGGUCAGGUUUAAGGAGCUGGUUUUGACCUUUAAAGCCCUAUGCAGUCUAGGACCCUCAUACCUACGGGACCGCCUCUCCUGGUAUGCCCCGCGGAGGACCUUAAGGUCCACAAAUAACAACACUUUGGAGGUCCCAAGCCUCAAGAAGGUUAAAUUGGUUUCAACUAGGGCCAGGGCCUUUUCAGCACUGGCCCCGACGUGGUGGAAAGCUCUGUCACAAGAGACUACGGCCCUGUGGGACUUGACAUCUUUCCGCAGGGCCUGCAAGACAGAGCUGUUCCGCCUGGCCUUUGGUUUGGACUCGGUCUGACCCUUAUGUUUCCCUCCCCUUUUAUGGUCUUGAUUUAUCGGCUACUUUAAAAUGAGUCUGCUUUUUAACUUACAUUUUAACCUGUAUUUUAAAUUGGGUUCCCCCCCUCUUUUUCCCCUAUUACGUUUUUACUGUGAUUAUUUAUUGGUGUUAGCCACGGCUCUGGCCGGGGAGGGCGGGGUAUAAAUAAAAUGUGUUGUUAUUAUUAUUAUUAUUAUUAUUAUUAUUAUUUUACUCGAGACAGCCUAUCUCCAGACACUUAGGCGUUGACAUAUUUUUAAUCUUCUAGGCUGCCGGUUUUAAUUAUCUUUAUAAACAGUUGUGAAGAAAGGUGGUGGCAUUUGGAGCAGCCUGGGGUCCAUGUAGAUCUUUUGCUGAGUUUGAAAGCUGCUGAACCCCCCAGAAUUGCCUCCACAUGCCAUAGUUAAGAGCCUGUCAGGGCCUUGACGGUGGUGGCUCCCUCUCCCCCUGCAGCCGUCAUUAAGAUGGAAGGCGGGACUGAACACGACCUGAAGAUCCUGGACCAGGAGGAAGAGGAGGAGCGUCAGGAGAAGGCAGAGCCAGGGAAGAAGGAAGAGAACCGGCUGCAGGAGCUGGACCGCAAAGCCUCGGAGAAGGACGACAAGAAGGAGGAGGCCAAGAAGGUAGGCCCUGGGGAGGCGGGUGCGAUCCUGGCUGGGCCUUCCUUGCUGCUGCCAGCUGGGCAGGGGUGUCUGACGUGCCUCCUUGCUCUGUCCUAGGCUGGCGACGAGGAAGCUGUCGAAGACAAGGCGAAGAAGGCCUCGGAAGAGGAGGAGAAGAGGGCUGAGAAGAAAGAGGAGGCGGACAAGGACGCCAAAAAGGUGCAGGGCCCUUCGUGCUUCCCUUCAUUGAAUCAGGGCAGGCGGGAAGUGGAUGAGCUGCCAGAGUAGGGUGUUUGUGGAGGCAGGUCUGUGGCAUGCUGGAGGUUAGAUAGGUGGGAGGGACGCGGGUGGCGCUGUGGUCUAAAUAAUAAUAUAAUAAUAAUUUAUUAUUUAUACCCCGCCCAUCUGGCUGGGUCCCCCCAGCCACUCUGGGCGGCUUCCAACAAAACACUAAAAUACAAUAACCUAUUAAACAUUGAAAGCUUCCCUAAACAGGGCUGCCUUUAGAUGUCUUCCAAAAGUUUGGUAGUUAUUUUUCUCUUUGACAACUGGUGAGAGGACGUUCCACAGGGCGGGCGCCACUACCGAGAAGGCCCUCUGCCUGGUUCCCUGUAACUUGGCUUCUCGCAGCGAGGGAACCGCCAGAAUGCCCUUUGCGCUGGACUUCAGUGUCCGGGCAGAACGAUGGAGGUGGAGACGCUCCUUCAGGUAUACUGGACUGAGCCCCUUGGGCUUGCCGAUCAGAAGGUCGACGGUGCGAAUCCCCACGACGGGGUGAGCUCCCGUUGCUCAGUCCCAGCUCCUGCCAACCUGGCAGUUCGAAAGCACGUCAAAGUGCAAGUAGAUAAAUAGAUAUCUCUGUGGUGGUAAGGAAAACGGCAUUUCCGUUGCGCCAGAAGCGGUUUAGUCCUGCUGGCCACAUGACCCAGAAAGCUGUCUGUGGACAAACGCCGGCUCCCUUGGCUGAUAAAGCGAGAUGAGCGCCGCAACCCCAGAGUCGCCUUUGGACUUAACCGUCCAGGGGUACUUCACCCUUUUAUAUAGAUAGGUAGGUAGGUAGGUAGGUAGAUAGAUAGAUGGGGAACAAACCUCCCUGCCUCUUUAAAGAAAGGCCAAGCGUUAUUCCAGGAGUAAAUGGUGCAAAGGAAGCGGGAGGAAACAAGAGCAUUGUUGGGUCAGACCAAAGGCUCCCUCCUUGUUCUCUUUUUGUCAGCCAGCGGAGGAUACCUUAUUCUAACAGGCCUUUUGCAAGCUGACUGUUUUCAAUUAAAGAAAGGGCUUUGAAGUAACGCCACGCUGUUCUCAUCACCUGUGUUUUAAUAGACCUGCCUUUUAUAUUUAUUUUAAGUCUCUCGUAGUUUAACUAUUCCCCAGCCACUCUGGGCGGCUUCCAAAAAAAUAUUAAAAUACUGUGAUACAUCAAACAUAUUUCCUAACUGGUCUCUCUUAAGACGAUUUUAUCCGUGUUGCGUUAAUUUGUGGCAAGCCGCCCCUGAGGCGGGGAGGCGGGAUUUAGAGAUGAUGAUGAUAAUAUGCCCCAGAAACGAGAUUUUUUGAGGUAGUAUUGACUGCUUCCUUUCUCCCACCCCUCCCAGAUCGGCCACAAACACAAACGGAAGCGCAGUGGAGACGACAGCUACGACGAAGGCAGCGUUUCUGAAUCUGACACAGAGUCAGAAGGCGGGCGCCCCGAAGAGGAGGACAAGGAAGGUGGGUGGAGAGAUCCAGUAGAAAAACAACAACGAAUGGAUGUACUGUAUUUUUCUGUGUAUAAGACGCCCCUGUGUAAAAGACGCCCCCUAUUUUGGGGAGAGGGCUCCAAAUUAAGAAAAUGGAGGGAGGAUUGCCUUGAGUUUUUGGGGGGGCAGAGUUAUUGAGCUUCCCCCCCCCCCAAAAUAAUAUUUAUUAUUUUCAGUAGAUAAACAUAGUAAAGAAAUAAAAGAUUAACAAUAAUAAAAACAAACAAAAAAGAAAAGAAAAAGAGGGGGGGAAAGAUACAUAGAACAUAUUACCACUUAAUUAAUUAAAAUUAAGUACCAUCCAUCUUCAUAAACAUAGUAUUUGACUUCCUCGAAUCUCUUCCAUCCGAAUUUCUUAGUAAUUAUAUGUAGCAGUUUCCAAUAUCAGUGUUUCAAAAGACCAUAUCACAGUCCUAUUCAUGUUACAUAGCUUUCCUUAUCGUACAUUUUCUUAUUUAUAAAUUUAAUUCCAUUUUAAUCCUAGGCCUAAUUGUUUCUUUCAAGUGGUUAUAUAUCUUUAAUAUUACAAUAUUUAUUCAAAUAGUCUUUAAGUUUCUUCCGGUCUUCUUGAUGUUCCUCUUCUUUCUGGUCGCGGAUUCUCCCGGUUUUUUGGGGGGGCUCCAAAUUAAGAAAAUGGAGGGAGGAUUGCUCAGAGUUGUUGAGCUUUUUAGGGGGGGUUGCCAAAAAUCGCUCACCUGCCUGACAUACGUUGCCACUCACACGCGUUGCAAAACCCACCUAUCACCCGCCAAAUAGCUGCAGUGACAGCCAAUCAACACCAGCCCUUGCCGCAGCCACCAAUAACACGCCCAGUAGCCGCUGACAAUCUCCGGCUCCCGGGAGCAACCAAUCCCUCGUCCCCACUAUGCGCUAUCCGUGUAUAAGACGACCUCCUGUUGUACAUCUGACUGGGUCCGGUACACUCCCACUGCUCCAGAAUUCCCAGCCAGUAGCAGAGCGGCAGCGUGUGCUUGAUGUGUGCGUUAAGAGAAGAGUCCGUACGCGGUUUCUUUCUAUACUAAACAGCUUUAUUUACAUCAGACAGAUAAAACACACAAUCCCGUCAGAGACCGGAGACAUGGCGCACGUCUCUGACUCUUCUCCGUGAGAAGUGAAAGUAUCACACAGACAAAGAACUCAGCUGUAGGAAGCUCCUCCCCAGAUGCAGGACACAUAGAGGUUAACCCCAUAAAUACCCCCCCUUUGUCAUAAUUUUCUAAGAAAAAACACUUGUCUUGUACACGGAAAUGUGCGGUAUACAUUUAAGAUGCGUGAGCAGUGAAAGGAAGGAUUGGAAAGCAAACUGGAAUGUGUCCAGAGGAGGGCAACCAAAAUGGUCAAAGGCCUGGAAACGAUGCCUUAUGAGGACCGGCUAAGGGAGCUGGGCAUGUUUAGCCUGGAGAAGAGGAGGUUAAGGGGUGAUAUGAUAGCCAUGUUCCAAUAUAUAAAAGGAUGUCACAUAGAGGAGGGAGAAAGGUUGUUUUCUGCUGCUCCAGAGAAGCGGACACGGAGCAAUGGAUCCAAACUACAAGAAAGAAGAUUCCACCUAAACAUUAGGAAGAACUUCCUGACAGUAAGAGCUGUUUGACAGUGGAAUUUGCUGCCAAGGAGUGUGGUGGAGUCUCCUUCUUUGGAGGUCUUUAAGCAGAGGCUUGACAACCAUAUGUCAGGAGUGCUCUGAUGGUGUUUCCUGCUUGGCAGGGGGUUGGACUCGAUGGCCCUUGUGGUCUCUUCCAACUCUAGGAUUCUAUGAUUCUAUGAAAGCCGUAUUGCGAAAGGGCGUUUGCCCUGGCGCUCUGGUCCAACUUGCUGGCAUAACAUUAUGGCCAUCUGGUCGGCCGCUGUGAGAACAGGAUGCCAGGCUAGAUGGCCUCAUCCUGCAGGCCUGUCUUACCUUCUUAACAUUUAGAGGUCUCCAAAUUAGAAAAGAGCGAAGGGUUUUGCCUCUGUGGCUUUGCUGAAGCCAGAGAUAAGCCUCUGUAGCUUGAGCUGUUUCUUUCCUGAGUCUGGUUUUUUUUUUUUUAAAAAAAGCGUUUCCUCUGGUAAACCAAAGCUCCAGUUCUUUGGACCUAGAGAUGCAGGGGUUUGUUUGCUUGCUGAGAUGUGUAAUUCCAAGAAAAAAGCACACCAAGAACUCAGGCCAAUGUAAGUUUCAAUAGUGGGAGUGGUUCCUACUCACAAGUCAAUUCUGACAAGAAUUACAAACUCAAGUAGAGAUUACAAACUCUAACAGAGAUCUCAAACUCAUAAAGAGACGUAUAACACAAUAAUUUGUUAGAAAGAUUUUCUCUUUUUCACUCUGUUAGAGUUUGCAGUCUCUACUUGAGUUUGUCAUUCUUGUCAGAAUACAUAUUUUUGAAUGGAUUAGUUUUUGUUACUAUUGACUAUUGACUUGUCAGUAGGGACCACUCCCACUCUUGAAAUUUACAUUGGCCUGAGUUCCUGGUCUGCUUUUUUCUUGAGAUGUGUAAUCCGGCAGCUCGCAAGAGUCAACCUGCUCUUCCGACGCCUUGGGAUUCGCAAUUCCCUCGCCGCUGGUUAGCCGGAGGAAAUCCGCCCCAGAGGCCUUGCUCAGAGUUCUUUGCCGCCUCUUUUUUGCAGACAGGAAGCCGAAGGAGGAGAAGGCUGGGGCGGCAGCAGGGGCAGCCGGCGCAACAGCGGGGCCAGCGAAGGAAGGCGGCGAGGAGCCCCCCAAAGCCAAGGAGAAGGACGGGGAGCCCAAGCCCCGUCCCCUGCACAAGACUUGCUCCCUCUUUGUGCGGAACAUCGCCCCCAACAUCUCCCAGGCAGAGAUCGUGGCGGUGAGUGGAAUCCAGCUUGCGUGGCGCUGGCCUCUCUCAAUAGUGGCGCUGCAGGGAAGAGCAGGUGUCUCUGGGGUGGGCUGUGAGACCCUAGGAGGCCCCUCCAGGGAGAGGGCAGGCUUGGGAAGGCUUAUAAGGAGCAUAGGUAAGUCAGGCAAUGGGGAAUCUUGUCUGUUUCAUUAAUAGUAUUAUUGUACCUAGCUUAGUGAUGUCGACACUGGCUGGCAGCUCUGGCUGUCUGGGUUCUAGGCUAGGUGUAUUCUCAGCCCUGCCUGGAGCUACCAAAGGGGAGGAGAGAGCCUGGGACCUUCUGCAUGCAGAGCAGCUGCACUGUCACUGAGCCCUUUUGGAUAUACCAUAUUUUUCACUGCAUAAGAUGCACUUUUUUCUUCCUAAAAAGUAAGAGGAAAUGUCUGUGCGCCCUAUGGAGCAAAUGCGUGGUCCCUGGAGCCGAAUUGCCCAGGGAGAAAAGCAGAUCAUGCCUUUUUUGUGAAAGAGGGAAGUGGGUGUUGAAAUAAAGUCGCUGAUGGUUUGCCAAUCGGGGAGAGAGAUAAGGGAUGCUAGAGAUAAAGGAGGCUGCAAACUUGCAAGGAGAGGAGACAGAAAGACUAAAGCAGUGAGGAGAGAAAUUAGAAGAAAAGGAGGAGCAAAAAACUGCUCCAGCUAAGGAAAAGACACUAAGGCAAACAAGAAGGAAAGGAGUGUUGAAAGGAAACAGCUGAUUGGUGGGAUCAGAAGAGGGAUAAGGGACGCUAGUGGAGGCUGCCUGGGAGGGGGAGGUAAAAGCCCAUGGAUCCUCAGGAUUUUUGCACUGGUUCACCCCAAAUUCACCAUCAGAUCACAUAGCAUGUCCAUGGCUACAGCCUGCACCAAAAAAGCCAUGCACCCACUGUUUCGUGGGGCCACAGUGGUGCAAAAACGUGGUUACAAAGCACGGAUCCACAUGGAUCCUCAGGAGUUUUGCAUUGGGCUACCCCAAACUCACUGUCAAAUCACACGUCUGUGGCAACAGCAUGAACCACAAAUAUCAUACAUCCACUGUUUCGUUCAGAAUAUUUUUUUUCUUGUUUUCCUCCUCUGAAAAUUAGGUGCAUCUUAUGGAGUGAAAAAUACGGUAUAUGGUGCUCAGAGCUUUCCAGACAGCCUCCCUCCCUCCUUUCAGUAAACCUGGCAUCUCUUUUCCCAGCACGCUCUGGCAGGGGGCAGACAAUCAGCAGUGGUCAGUUGGGCGGCUUGGGGCCAGUCACUGCCUCUUUCAGCCUAAACUACCUCGCAGGGUUGUUUUGAUGACAAAACAGAGAGGCAGGGACAUGCGUAUACCGCCUCCAGCUCUUGGUGGGGUAUCAGUGUAAGAAACGAGUGGAUUGUAAGGUUGUAGAAGAGCUGGAAGGGACCCCGGAGGACAUCUAGCCCAACCCCCUGUAAUGCAGGAAUCACAGCUGAAAAGUCUUUGACAGCCACCCAACCUCUGUCCAAAGGCCCCCAACAAAGGAGAGCCCACCACCUUCCGAGGGACCCUGUUUCGCUGCCGGGCGGCUCUUGCCACCAGAAAAUUAUUUCUGAUAUUUAGCAGAAACAUUUGAAACAAUGGGUUCGAAUCCUAAGACGGGCUGCCCUUCUGUGAUAGAGGAGCUGACUUGGCAAGGUUUCUUAUUCUGGGGCCGGGGGUUGAGCAGGGUUUUCUGCUUUCUAAUAAACGAAAAUCUUCCCUCAUUCCCUUAUGGGGGACACAAGAGCCCUUAUAGAGUCCUUUGCAGGUUCUCCAUCAGUUGGAGAAAAUAACCGAGGCCAACCAGAGAAUACUGAGAAGCAAAGCCUGAUCUUUAUUGAUUUGUUGCAACAGGGUGCCCCCUUCACACACAGGAGGAGGACCCAGAACUCAGGUGUGCCCGCCCCUAUAUAGACAUUUUAAAUUGCCCGCCCUGGAGUCCAAGACCACCCCCAGAAACAUCAUACAUACAUCACAGAAAGGGGUGGUCUACAACAGAAAUCUGAGUGUGUUGUUUACCUCCUGUAUGGCAGGUUACCUGUUAAUGCUCACUUGAUUGGAUACCCUGGGGAGCCUGGCCAGUCUGUUGUAAUGACAAAUACUUCGUUCCUGAGCCAGGUCACAGGCUCACCCUAUUCAUACACAGACAUACCUUUCAGACAGGAUUUGUGAAUGAAAAGACAAUGGGGAGGCUUUUCCAUUUUACUUGACCUUGCAGAGAAAUCAUUUGGUCAGAUUGGGAGUCAAAAUGGUUUCCGGGCUGUUUUCCUCUGCUGCUUCAGACAUGUGGUUUAUAUGUUUAUGUACAUGUUUGCUUGGUACAUUUAUGAACGUUUAUUAUAUAUACGUAUAUAAGACCUUAAUUUUUUUAUUUCAGCCUUAACAUACCUACCCCACAAAUUUCCAGCUUUUGACUCCCCUCCCUUCUUUCUCAGCUUUGCAAAAGGUACCCUGGCUUCAUGAGAGUGGCUCUUUCAGAACCCCAGCCGGAAAGGAGGUGACGUUCAUUUUUUUAACCCACACCCAAAGACUGCUUGCACGUUGCUUGUGUGUCUGUCUGUGUCAUAUCAGUCAUAGUUCCAUAGGAUCCCCUGUCUGUAGAACAGCAUAAGAAGGUAAGAAGAGCUUACAGGAUCAGGCCAAAGGGCGCCCAUCUAGGCCAGCCACCUGCUCUCGCAGGAUUCGAACACAGGAUCAACACUCUCGCCUCCUGCGGUUUCCAGUAACUGGAAGCCAGAAGCAUUCCUGCCUUCCAACUGUGGAGGCAGAGCCAUUGUGGCUAAGAGCCAUCGACAGCCCUCUCGAUAGAAUUUGUCCAGUCCUUCAGGCGUGUGGCAUCAACUUGGUUUUUUUGCUAGAACCACUAACUGCAGCUGGGUAACUCUCAGAGAUGAAAAAGGAAUACAGAUCCUCCCCGCGGCUCCAAGCUUUCUCCAUUCUGGCAAUAUACGGAAGGCGUUGUGGGGGGAGUCAUUUCAGUUGGUCCCAUCGUUAAAUAGUUGGGAGUCGGAAAUCCUUCCUGAUCUGCUUACAUCCCUGGGAGAUCCACGGGUCCUCCUCCUCCUGCUCUCUAGAGGGUGGGGGGAAGAAUUCCCCUAUUUUCAAAUCUCUGCGGAGCCGUAAGCCUUAACUGAGUGGCUGUGAACAACUUACUCAUCAUUUCUGCUCUUUAUAAGAGGUUCUUCUGCUAAGCAAUUGCAGAUCCGCUUUUAAACAGUGCAGAAGGUUCCUUUGUCAGGCCAGAGCAACCAUACCAGCAAUUUGGCAGCCGAGAAGUCCUUUCUACAGAGAAAAGCAAGGCAGUUGCUGUAUCUCAGCCUCUAGCCUCCCACGCAGGGCCGUUGUGUGGCUGAAACGAGAAAGCCCUUUGUGAACUGGCUUGGAGGAAAGGCAGGGUGUGUGUGUGCGUGUGUGUGUGUCAGGCUUGUGUGUGUUCAUGUGCCUGCAAAGGGGAGAGGGCGUUUGAAAAGCCCGGCAGCCGAACACCUUUCUCCUUUUCAGGUUUUUCCGAAGAGGCUGGGUGACCUUUGACCGCAGCGUCAACAUCAAGGAGAUCUGCUGGAACCUCCAGAACAUUCGGGUAAAUGGGCGAUUCCCAAAGGGGGCAGGGGGAUUCCCUAGGGGACCCUAAGAGGCAAGGGGGCAGUGGGGAGGGCACUGGAGGUGCAAAACAAAUGUCAAAUUUUGAGAAGCUCGUAUCCCUGGAAUCAAGUUCAUCCGUUUUGUUGAUGAACUGAUUCGUUUUUAACUGGAUUUUGAAUGAACUCUGCAGUUAAUCUUUCCUGUUUUGAACUGCAUCACGUUGUUAUCUUCUUGAACAGGCCGUGCAAACCGCUUUUCUGAAUACAGUGAACGCUCGGGUUGCGAAUACGAUCCAUGUGGGAUGCACGUUCGCAACCUGCAGCGUUCGCAACCAGCGUCUGCGCACGCACGGGUUGCAAUUCGGCGCUUUGGCGCAUGUGCGACCGCCAAAACCUGGAAGUGACCCGUUCCGGUACUCCCGGGUUUCGGCAGUCCGCAACCCAAAAAAAUGCAACCUGAAGCGUCUGUAACCCGAUGUAUGACUGUAAUGCUUUUUGUAGGGGGCAGUGGGGGGUGAUGAAGCAGAGGCGAGGAUGGCCCCCAAAAGUUUGGGAACUGCGAGAGACCAAUCCCACCUCAUCCUUCUCUUAAAUUGUAUAUCCCAAUCUGUAGGGUUUUUUUCCCCUGGGGUAGAGGAUAAACAAUGCCUGUGUAUUAUUAAAAUGCAAUGCCUGGACACAACUGCGUGCCAGGAGUGGGGAGGGUGUCCCUCCCUGUUUCAGCAAGGUUUGGGGAGCUGUUCUGGCGUUGACCCUGCCCUCCGCCCUCUCCCCAGCUGCGGGAAUGCGAGCUGAGCCCUGGCGUCAACCGCGACCUGACCCGGCGCGUCAGGAACGUCAACGGCAUCACGCAGCACAAGCAGAUCCUGCGCAACGACAUCAAGCUGGCGGCCAAGCUGAUCCAGACGAUGGAUGACCGCACCCAGCUGUGGGGGGCCGGGGAGGCCCGCCCUGCCUCCGAAGUCUCGGUCAGUUCGGGGCCCGGGGUGGGGGGACUGUCUGGGAGGCGCUCGCGGCCCUUGGGUUUUUCUGCCCUUUCGGAUUUCUCUGUGCCUCUUCAGAUGGCCCAGUGGAUUGAGCCUGCUGUACGUGAAAACCAGAAACUUACCAUAUUUUUCGCUACAUAAGAUGCACUUUUCCCCUCCUAAAAAGUAAGGGGAAAUGUGUCUGCGUCUUAUGGGGUGAAUGCAGGCAGGAAGCUCUGCUCAGCGCUCCUUUUAAAGAGCCGCGCGGAGCGUGUGUGUGGCUCUUGCUGGCUUUUCCGGGAGGUGUGGGAAGGGACAGAGGGCAGCCCAUCAGUCCCUUCUCCCACCUCCCGGAAAAGCCAGCAAGAGCCGCUGCCAGGCUCUGCUCAGCGCUCCCUUGUAGAAGAAGAAGAAGAAGAGUUUGGGUUUGAUAUCCCGCCUUUCACUCCCCUUAAGGAGUCUCAAAGCGGCUAACAUUCUCCUUGCCUUCCUCCCCCACAACAAACACUCUGUGAGGUGAGUGGGGCUGAGAGACUUCAGAGAGCAGUGUGACUGGCCCAAGGUCAUCCAGCAGCUGCAUGUGGAGGAGCAGAGACGCAAAACCGGUUCCCCAGAUUACGAGACUACCGCUCUUAACCACUACACCACACUGGCUCUCUUUGUAAGGCCUCCCUUCCGUCCCUCCUGCCACUUUGCUGGGAAGCCAGUAGAAGAGGCGCUGUGCAGCUAUCGCUCUUUCUCUGCUGGCUUCUCAUCAAAGCGGGAGGAGGGACGGAAGGGUUUAAAGCAGGGGUGCCCAAACAUUUUUCAAAGAGGGCCAGAUUUGAUGGAAGUGAACAUGCAUGAGGGCCGACCAAAGUUGAGCUUUUUUUUAGGAUUGAAGAGCUUUUUGGGGGAUGUCCCCCCCAAGGUUUAUUGACCCUUUUAAAGGAUUUGACAGCAAUAAAUGAAUGAACUGCCACAGGGGAAUGAUAAAACCGGCCGGAGGGCCGAAUUGGGCCCCAAAGCAGACUUUGGAUAUGCCUGCCUUAAGAACUAUCACAAAAUAACCCAUAUAUAAAACACAGUACUUGUUGCUUCUUGUUAUGUGUUACACACACACACACACACACACACACACACAUAAAACACGGUACUUGUUGGUUCUAGCUCCUGAAAGCUCUAUCUUAAAAGACCUCCAACCCCUUUGCCACCAUCUAUUUCCCGAAUUCUUCCGUUGUCCCCCUGUUGUUGUCUUUUUAUAUAGCAUUCAUCAAGAAUACAAACAACAAGUAAUGGAUACCGGUCACCAGCUACAAAGCGAAAUGAGGUGGAAAAUAAUAGCAGCAUGCUAAAAUUGUACUUUGGCUUCAGGAUCAGUGCUACAAACUUUUCUGUUUGUUUGUUUGUUUUUUGGAGGGGGGAGGAAAGCUGCACCCUACUUUGCUAAAUUCCGACUUAUCCUCAUGAGGGAGGUUAUAAUUCCACCGACACCAGCCCCAUAUUUUUUCCACCUCUCUGACUUCCCCCUCUCUCAUAUCUAUAUCGGGGGAAGCAGCCUCGCCUGCACAAUAAGCGAUAAAUAGAAGGGCGCUGCUGCUGCUGCUGCUGCUGCUGCUGCUGGGCUUUUCUUCGCGGGCUUUCUGCUGGGGGGGCGGGCGAGGCGGAGAGCACUCUGCACAUGCUCAGGAGACCCCUUAGCCCACAAUAAACACACACCCCCCCCGGAUCCUGAGGAGGCAGCCCGGCCUCUCUUGGCGGCUCCCCACCUGCGCCGCUCCCGGACGAGGCUCCGCCGUUCUCCUCCACGGGCAUCGCGCCGCCGCUUCCGAGUUGCGCCGGGUUUCAAACGCCUCACGGCGCUUCCGGCGGAGUGGGCGGGGGAGGGGGGGAAAACCGCGCCCUUUCCAAAUAUCGCGAGAUAAAAGUGGCAGCUUCGCGGGAAACUCCCGAGACAACAAAUCCCUAGACUGGCGGCCGGCGGAGGCUACACGGGCCACAUGACGAGACGGAUUCGGCCCGCGGGCCUUGUGUUUGACACCCGUGGUUUAAAGCAAGAAAACCAAGAGCAAAACAUGCUCUGCACAGAAUAUUUUUUUCCUUCCUUUCCCCCUCCAAAAACUAGGUGCAUCUUAUGGUCGGGUGCGUCUUAUGGAGCGAAAAAUACAGUAGCUGCAAUGCCUGCCUUGCCGGGGUUGGACUAGAUGACCCCUGGAGGUCCCUUCCAGCUCUAUGACUCCAUGAAAACGGCUCACCUCGGAAGCCGGUUCUUAGCUGAAUGUCUACAUAUGAUGCAGGAAGUCGCCUAUGUUCUUAUCGCACUUUCCCUGAGCUCGUGUUCCUCCCGCUGCUUUGGACUACACUUCCCAUCAGCCUCAGCUAGCAUGGCUGAUGGGAGUUACAAUAUGAUACAAUAAUAUUUAUUGUCAUUGUCCCAUACAGAACAAUGAAAUUGAAAAAUCUACAUAAGACAUUCAAAAACCAACAAGCCUGCUAUCCCUGGUUAGCCCCCCAAAAACUCUGAUACCCAAUUUUUAAAUGCAAUAUAAUCCCAUAGAGACUCCUUACACUGCGUUUAAAACCAAAAUCGCAGUUGGGUAGAAACUGUUUCUCAGGCGGCUAGUCCUAGUCUUUAUAACCCUGUAACCUUCUUCCAGAAGGCAGAAGCUGAAAGAGAUCAUUUCCGGGGUGCGCACUAUCCUGAGCUAUCUCUGCAGCUUUCUUACGGCACCUGGAAGCGAAGAUUUGAUCCGAGGUGUGAAGAGUGCACCCAGUUAUUCUCUCCGCAGUUUUUACAACCCUGGACAGCAUUGCCUUCUCCCUAGCCGUGCAGCUCCCAAACCACACACACAGACCAUACGUUAAUACACUCUCCACAGUACAAUGGUACAAUGCCACCAACAGGUCGUUUGAGAGACUGUUUUUCCGGAGGAUUCUCAGAAAAUACGACCUCUGCUGUGCUCUCUUCAUCGGGUCUUUGCUGUUUCCUCUCCAGGUUAGGUCAUCUCUCAACUCCAUUCCCCUGAAAUCGAAACACCAGGACCUGUUCCACGCACUUCCCAGUUGUAGGGAGUUGUAGUCUAAAGCAGCAGGUGGGCACCAGCUCAGGGGAAGUCUGCCCAUAGAGAAACACAGUGGCUCAAGCGAUGGGUCAUUGGUUUUUAACAGAGUUGGACCCAUAGCCGUCAGAAGGAAGGCUUGGCCUUCUGUCUUUUAGAGAGGCACUUACUCUUGGGAGCAAAGCUCACAGCGCUCGCUCUCUCUCUCUCUCUCUCUCUCUCUCUCUCUCUGCCACCCCAGAGCUUGCCUUCCCAGAACCCCAUCCUGAAGAACAUCACGGACUACCUGAUAGAAGAGGUCAGCGCCGAGGAGGAGGAGCUGCUGGGCAAAAGCGGGGAGCCCUCUGAAGAACCCCCCAAGGAAGGGAACCCCGCUGAGCUCAACGUGGAGAGGGACGAGAAGCUUGUCAAGGUGACUCUUGCGUGAGAGCGGCUCGGUUUGAGGAUGGGGGAGGUUGGAGGACUGGAGCUUUCAUUUUUGGGAAGCUGGGGACCUAGGAAGCUGCCUCCGCCCAAGUCAGACCAUCAGGGUCCGUCCAACUCAGUUCUGUCUUACACGCUGGCCAAUGUGAGUUUCAGUAGUGGGAGCGGUCCCUACUCGCAAAUCAAUAAUCAAUAGUAACAAAAACUAAUCCAUUCAAAGGUAUGUCUUCUUGUCAGAAUUAAAAACUCAAAUAGAGAUUACAAACUCUAACAGAGAUUACAAACUUAAACUCAUAAAGAUAUCUAUAACACAAUAAUUUGUUACAGAAUUAGAUGUUGAUUUAAAGCAGAGUCUGUUGGCCAGCGGAAGGAUGAGUAAUACGUGCUACAUACUCUAUAUUGCUUUAUUUACAGUUCAAAGCUGGUAUAUUACAGAAAGACAUCUUGCCUCUGCAGGAGCAGAAAAUGCAUCCUCUCUCCUCAACAGCUCGGAGAGAAUCACACAGUGAAAAACAGGAAACCAGUGUACGUCACAUCCAGUCUCCCUUUCCCGUGAGAAACUCCAACAGUACAGACUGUGGAAUGUAAACACCUGUCUUGUGACUGCAGUUGCUGCACAGUGAAGGAAAGCAGAAACCAACAUCCCCCCCUUUCUGUGAACAUCACUGGGCAGCGUGUUUGCACAAUAUCAGUACAAACCCAACUUCUGCACAUAGGUACAGUGUUGAUCCCUUGAUACAAUCUUGGACAAUACAUCAGCAGGAAUUUCAUUACCUGGCAUAUAGGACACCGUUACGAGUCCCUUCUGAAUACAUUCCCUAGCAUGCUGCAACUUUAAUUGCAAGUGCUUUGUGCUUUGCUUACAACCUUCAGACUUCAGCAAAGCCAAACAUGCUUUGUUGUCCUGGUAAACCUGGAUUGGACAUUUGACAGGAAUUUUCAUAUCUUUGCACAAUUGUACUAACCAUUCACAAUCCUUAAGUGAAUAAGACAGUGCAUUCAGUUCAGCUUCACAAGUACUUAAGCUAACUGUUGUUUGCUUCUUGCAUGACCAAUCAAACAGACUCUGAUUGUACAUGUAGCAAACUCCAGACGUACUUUUCCUGUCUGUAGUGUCACUUCCAAAACUUGCAUCUGCAAAUAUCUCAAGACCACCAGACUUCUGAUUGUUAAAUCUCAGUCUGUAAUGCAUAGUGCCUUUCAAAUACCGCGCUAUGCGUUUCAGAGCUUUCCAAUCCUUGACACUAGGAUUGUUGACUUGUCUGCUUAGCAAAUUACAGCUAACAGCAAUGUCUGGUCUUGAACAUCUGGCAAUGAAGUUUAGCUUGCCUAGCACACUCCUGUACAGUGUAGUGUCAGAAAAUGCUUCUUCAGUGUCAUCUACCUGAUAACCUGUUGUCAUCGGUGUGUCUACAGGGUUAGCAUCCAUCAGAUUUAGUUUGCUUAACACAUCAGCAAUUUUCCGUGACUGGUGUACUAGAAUGUUACCAUCUUGAUCUCUCUCUAUUUCCAGAGAUAGGUAGUUGUUUACCUCACCAAGAUCUUUCAUGUCAAAGUGCUCUUUCAGUUGAGCUAGGGCGCUAUUGUACAUUGCGACAUCUUUCCAAAAGAAUAAUAAAUCAUCAACAUAAAACAAACAGUACAGUUUCUUUUGCCCCUCCUCUUUGACAAAUACACAUGGAUCAGCUUUCCUUGCUGAAAACCUAGAGAAAACAAUACUUCAGUGAGUUUUGUGUGCCAACACCGUGCACUUUGUUUGAGACCAUAAAGGGAUUUCUUCAGAGCACAAACAAAUCCCUGUUUUACCUGUACGCCAUCAGGUGGAAGCAUAUAAAGUGAUUCAUCUAGAGAUCCGUACAGAAAAGCUGUAUUAAUAUCAUGGUGACUAAUGUGUAGAUUUUCCUCUGCAGCUAGCUUGAGCAUAAGCCUAAUGCUUUCAUAUCUCACUGUGGGUGAAUAGGUCUCGUGAUAGUCUUCACCUGGUACCUGUGCAAAACCUCUGGCUACCAAUCUGGCUUUGUGUCUGACUAUCUUGCCAUUUUGAUCUGUCUUCGCUUUGAAGACCCAUUUGCUUCCAAGCAGUUUCAUUCCUGGAACUACUGGAACUAGCUCCCAUGUUUUGUUCCUUUCUAAGGAAUCAAGCUCAGCCUUCAUGGCAUUUAACCAUGGCUCAGCUUCCUUUGAAUCCAAACCCUGGAUUUCUUGGAAACUUGAAGGUUCAAAUACCUUCUUGGAGCUUUUAACAGCUGUUACUGCUAUCUUAGCAAACUCAUCAGCAAAUCUCUUUGGAGGUUUGCCUUUGUGGCUCUCUGUGACCUACGAAUUAGCCUUAAGUCUUCAACACUCUCCUCUUCCUUCUUAGGAGAAAAACGACCUAUUGUGAACAAUGGUUCCUCCAAUUCUUGAUCAGAGCUUUCAGAGGGUCGCAUAGAGGCUUUCGCACUCUUGAAAUCCUCUGAAUCACCCGAUUCAGUUUCAGAUUCAGACUCAGAACCUUCAUCAGUGGGUGUGGGCUGUUGUGGUUGCUUUUGACUAUCCUCAGUCUCAUCACCGUCAUCAGGAUAACAUUGGAAAAUUCCCACAGUCUCCCCCCCCGGUGCCUUGUACUCAACACUUCUCGUGAGCUUAAUUGUCUUAGAGUCAGUCAUCAUUAUUCUGUAAGACCCUUUCUGAUAACCUAGAAAGAUACCAUGCAAUCCACGCUUGUCUAACUUGGAGUUUUGUGGUGAGCGAACCCACAUGUCAGAACCAAAAUCUUCAUGUGUUUGAUGUAUGGCUUCUGCCAAACAUCUUCUCAUAGGGGUACAACCAAUCGCUGAAGAUAACCUGCGAUUGUAACUGUAAACAAAACACGAGAGAGAUUCGGCCCAAUAACUCUCUGGAAGAUUGGCAUCAUGCAGCAAGGUUUUUAAUCCUUGAAGCAAUGUCUGAUUUGCCUGCUCCGCAAGUCCAUUCUGCCAUGGCGAGCGAGGACUAGACAAAUCGUGUUGAAUUCCUUUCUCAGUCAGAAAAGCUUCAAACUGCUGAGAAGUGAAUUUCCCCGCGAUCACUGAAAAGAGUCAUUAUCUUCUUACCAUGCACAUUUUCCAACCAAGCACAGAAUUCCUUGAACCUAGGAAAAGCCUCCGAUUUCUGCUUGAGAUUGUACACAAAAAUAUAUCUAGAAAAUGCAUCAAUGAGAACCAUGAAGUAUCUAUUUCCACCCAAAGAGGGCGCUAGUGGUCCAACCAAAUCAGCAUGAACAACCUGGUAUGGUUCUGUAGCUUUCCUACUAGACACCUUACCUUUCGCAGCCAUUUUCACCUUGUUUGCUGCGCAUGCUUUGCACUUCAUGUGGUACCUGCAGGGUUUAAUAGUCAUACCUUCAACCAAGGCAGGCAUUUUAGAUACUGCCUCAAAAUGCAAAUGACCAAAUUUUCGAUGAAAAUCGUGAAUACAUUCUGCAUGCAAACUUUUGUUAGAACCUGCAAUGCAACAAGUGUCAUCCUGCACCACAUCAUCAUAAUACAAAACAAACAAAUGAUCAACAUAUUCUGCAUGCAAUACAUAAUCAUUUUUCUUUGUGAUGAUGCACUUCUUGUUCUUGAAGGAAACGUCAAUGUUCCGCUCAUUCAGCUGUCCAACGCUGAGCAGAUUAUGUUUGGCGUCUGGCACGUAAAGCACAUUCUGUAUCGAUAAGUCCAAACUGUGAAGAACAACAGUUCCGUAGCCUUUACUGGGAAUAGUGUGGUCAUCCGCCUGGUGAAUCGCACCUUCCUGCGGUGUAAAAGACACAAACAGUUUCUUAUCGUUGCACAUGUGGUGGGUGGCCGCUGAAUCAACAACGAAGAAAGAUCUAGACGUCUUCUGGACCUCUGCAACCUUUGGAGUGAAGCGUGAAACCAUAGCCUUGUGCUGCGUUGUCCUAGACACCGGACCUUUGCCUUUGCCUCGGCCUUUUCCGCGCGAUGAGCUCGCUGCGCUGCUCUGUCUUGGCCCUGGGAUGUCUGCAUUCCUCUUCAUAUGGCCUAGACGUCCACACGAGUAGCAUUUCACUGCCUUCAAAGCUUUGGCGCCAUCUGGUGGUUCCACUGCACUAUGGGAUGACGUCUGUGAAGACUCCCUUGCCCAUGCAGCUAGCACCCCGGCGAUCUGCUUCAUUUAAAAUCACGGCAGUAACAAAGUCCACUGUCAGCUGAGCAGUUGGUUGCACAGCAAUCUGGGUUGCAACAGACUCCCAACCUGAACCCAAAGAUUGUAGUAUCAUGAAAGAAUACACAGCCUCUGGAAAGUUGAGUCCUCUCUGUUGCAGCUCAUGUCUCAGAUUUUGCAUCUCCAUCAGAUGUAAACGCACAUCUCCACCUUCAGCAAGAGCCAUAUUAUGCAGCUUGUUAAAAUAAAACAUAGUGGAUCCAGCUUCUGUCCUUAAGUGAGCCUCUCUCAGAGCGUCCCAAAUUUCUCUGGCUGAGGUCUUAUCACGCAAUAGACAGAGCUCUUCUGGGGAUACUAUCAAUGUAAGAGUUCCCCUUGCUUGGGAAUCCUUAGCUUCCCAUGCAUCUGUCACUGGAACUGGGGGGGUUCCUGUAAUCACCUCAAACAAACCCUCUUUCCGCAGAAUUGCCUCUGCAUACUGAACCCAGUCGCUGUAAUUUUUCUUGUUGAGCUUAGGAAUCCCACAAGCAUCCUGAAGGGCCAUCAUGACUCUGGCAUUAGCCUUCAGCGUCAUAUGCUGCUUUAAAUCUUGCUGCGUCACUGCUGCAGCUGCCUUAUCACAAAGGCACACUUAAAAGUUACUUUCGAUUUCCCCAGCAUAGUGACUUGUGCCUGGGAGCCUUUUGCCUAUUCCCGGCAAAACCGGCUUUAAAAGUUCAAAGUCCAGCCAUAAAGCCAUUAACUUGAAGCUGGCAGGCUGCCCGGAGCAGUAGCACAUACCUCAUCAAUCACUUCUACGCGCAGAGCAGAUUCCUUUCCGAUCCGUCCCUCUGCAUUCCGAUCCUUUGCCGGCACUCCGAUUCGACCUCUGGAGUCCAUAACCACGUGUUGAUUUAAAGCAGAGUCUGUCGUGCCCAGCGGAAGGAUGAGUAAUACGUGCUACAUACUCUAUAUUGCUUUAUUUACAGUUCAAAGCUGGUAUAUUACAGAAAGACAUCUUGCCUCUGCAGGAGCAGAAAAUGCAUCCUCUCUCCUCAACAGCUCGGAGAGAAUCACACAGUGAAAAACAGGAAACCAGUGUACGUCACAUCCAGUCUCCCUUUCCCGUGAGAAACUCCAACAGUACAGACUGUGGAAUGUAAACACCUGUCUUGUGACUGCAGUUGCUGCACAGUGAAGGAAAGCAGAAACCAACAUUAGAGAUAAGAGCUUAUGAGUAGAGAUAAAUUUAUGUUAGUCCAUAGUCUGAUUCGACGUGAAGGUCUUAGUUUCAACCAUAGAGUAGAAGUCAGAAAUCGGUUAUGGAUUAGAAGCCAUUACAGGGCCCUGUUUCGAUGUAUUCACCUUCAUCAGCUGAAAGUAUCAAAUAUUACAUGAAAAUACAUUUAAAUUCUAAAUUAUCAUAAAUUAUAAAACAGUAUUAUAUAACAUUUGGUUCCUUACCUAAUUUUUAAAGGGUUGUUUAAGUUUGAAGACUUUCAGAUAAAUAUAUCCUGUUAUUUUCUACAUUUCUCAGGGAUAACAAUUGAAAAUAAGCAAUAUUAAUAAUAAUUACAUGUGUUGAAUCAACUUAAAACUCUAAAGCAGCAUAUAAUCAUAUGAUUCCUCACCUACGUGUGGGAAGAUCAACAUGUAUCUUGAGCUUUUCUGUGUGUUUUCAAUUUGGAAGUGAGCCUGUUACCUUUUAUAUGCACUUAGAGGGGUAGAUGAGAUCCCUAGAUCUUCUCAAAGGCAUAGAGUUCUAAAGUUCAGAGGACAGCUGCAGUUUAACUUGAGGUCUUAAAGAAAUGAUGUAUAAUCCUGAUAGCUAUUCAGACCCAUAGGGGUCAUGGUCUUAAGGAUGUACCGGGCUUCCUGUUGUAAUAACGGUUUAUUGAUAUCUCUCCGAUUGAAUGGGUCUACUCUAGGUUUCCAGAUAAUGAAAAAUACAAAAUCAUCUACAUACAUCUUUCUGUUGUAUGUAGUGUUCUACUAACGGGGGUUCUAAUAUUUUAUUGCGGAUUCGUGAGCGAUGUUCAUUUAUGCGUAAUUUUAUCGGUCUGGUACUCUUGCCAACGUACAGCUUCUUGCACGGACACAUCCAUACAUAUACUUAGUUCUUGGUAUUACAAUUACUAAAAUGUUCAGUCCGGAACUUGAAACCAGUCUAUUCAUUGACAAAUUCCUUUACUUUGGAGUGCAUAUUUACAGAUAAUGCAAUUUCCGCAUCUGUGAUGCCCCUUUUCUGUUUCUGCUGGGUACAAUUCCAGAGAUCCACUAACUCCAGGGGCUGCUGUGAGCUCGGCCUCCCCCGUCCACCCCCGGUGGGCUUCCCUUGCGGACCCCCCACCUACCCAGGGCCAACUUCCUUCCUUCCUUCCCUUCAGGUGCUGGACAAGCUGCUUCUGUACCUGCGCAUCGUCCACUCGGUCGACUACUACAACAAUUCGGAGUACGUCAACGAGGACGAGAUGCCCAACCGCUGCGGGAUCAUCCACGUGAGGGGGCCCAUCCCCCCCAACCGGGUCACCCAUGGAGAAGGUGGGCGGCGUGUGUGUGUGUGUGUGAGAGAGAGAGAGAAAGAGAGAGAAUCAUCAUCAUCACUUUUAAUUUGUAUACUGCCUUUCUAUCUUACAAUACCCCAAAGCGGUUUACAAGAUGAAGAAACAAAGAAUGCACACCUUAUAACAAUCUAACACAAUGCAAAAAUGUGCUAAUAAAACAUAACUUUAAAAUAAGCAACCUACAUCAAAUAAAGUAACAUUCAACAAUCGUUAGAAUAGUAUGGAAUAAUAAUAUCAGCAUAUAAAAGUUAGAGAUCCACUCUUAACAAUUACAAUACAGUGGUACCUUGGGUUAAGAACUUAAUACUUAAUUCGUUCUGGAGGUCCGUUCUUAACCUGAAACUGUUCUUAACCUGAAGCACCACUUUAGCUAAUGGGGCCUCCCGCUGCUGCCGCGCCGCCAGAGCACGAUUUCUGUUCUCAUCCUGAAGCAAAGUUCUUAACCUGAGGUAAUAUUUCUGGGUUAGCGGAGUCUGUAACCUGAAGCGUCUGUAACCUGAAGCGUCUGUAACCCGUGGUACCACUGUAAAUAAUUUCUAAACUACAAUCAAUAAAACAACAGCAUGCCACAGAGCAUAAAAUAAUACGAUACAAAUUGAGAAGCAGGGACUGGAGGAUGGGGCAAGUCAUCUGGCUGGGUUUCCCCAGCCACUCUGGGCGGCUUCCAACAGAACACUAAAAUACAAUAACCUAUUAAACAUUAAAAGCUUCCCUGAACAGGGCUGCCUUCAGAUGUCUUCUAAAAGUCUGGUAGUUAUUUAUCUCUUUGACAUCUGGUGGGAGGGUGUUCCACAGGGCGGGUGCCACCACCGAGAAGGCCCUCUGCCUGGUUCCCUGUAACUUGGCUUCUCGCAGUGAGGGAACCACCAGAAGGCCCUCGGCACUGGACCUUGAUGAGGAUAACCAUCUCUGCUUCUGGGAAGAAAGAGAGUCAUUUGGGUGAGGAGACAGGGACUGGUACCCAGAACUCCUGGCUCCUCAGCUCACUUCAAUACUAUAAGAGUUGCCUUUCAAAUGGCCCAUCCAAUUCAGCAUCCUUGUUCUCUUGGAGGCCCCACGAGCUCACUUUGCCCUCCCUUUGCAGUGUCUGACUGGCAGAAGACCUUUGAGGAGAAGCUGACCCCUUUGUUCAGCGCCCGGGAGUUCCUCUCGGAGGAGGAGGCGCAGAAGAUGGGCAAGAAGGACCCCGAGCAGGAGGUGGAAAAGUUCGUCACGGCCAACACCCAGGAGCUGGGGAAGGACAAGUGGUUGUGCCCCCUCAGCGGGAAGAAGUUCAAGGUGAGCCCGGUUUGCCAGCUCCAGGUCUGACCAAGGGGAAGGCCACGCUCCCUGAUGCACGUGCACAAACGCUCCUCUCCUCCCUCUCCAGACCACCAGCUUAACACGAGCCUGCGGCAUGAUGCAGCAGCAAAAAAGGCUCGUGCUAUUCCAGGCUGCAUCAACAGAAGUCUAGCGUCCCAGUCAAGGGAAGUCAUAGUGCCGCUGUAUUCUGCCUUGGUCAGACCCCACCUGGAGUCCUGUGUCCAGUUCCGGGUGCCAGAAUUUAAGGAGGUUAUUGAUAAAAAUAAUAAUAAAAAAAUUAUAUUUAUAUCCCGCCUUCCCCAGCCAAAGCCGGGCUCAGAGCAGCUAACAACAAUAAAAGUAACACAACAUUCUGAAAUCAGUUCAUUCUCAAAUCAAUUCAAAAUCAAAUUGAUGGCAACCAUUGGGCUAGAGUUCUGUGAGGAUUACCAAAGGAGGGGGUCAGGCUGUGCCUUGGCCAAAGGCCUGGCGGAACAGCUCUGUCUUGCAGGCCCUGCAGAAAGAUGUCAAGUCCCGCAGGGCCCUAGUCUCUUGUGACAGAGCGUUCCACCAGAUUGGGGCCAUGGCCGAAAAAGCCCUGGCUCUGGUUGAGGCCAGCCUAACCUCCCUGUGGCCUGGGAUCUCCAAGAUGUUUUUGUUUGAAGACUGUAAGUUCCUCCAUGGGACAUACCAGGAGAGGCGGUCCCGUAGGUACAAGGGUCCUAGGUCGUAUAGGGCUUUAAAGGUUAAAACCAGCACCUUAAACCUGAUCUUGUACUCCACCGGGAGCCAGUGCAGCUGGUAUAGCACCGGGUGAAUGUGAUCCCGUGGCAAGGACCCCGUAAGGAGUCUCGCCGCGGCAUUCUGCACCCGCUGGAGUUUCUGGGUCAGUCUCAAGGGCAGCCCCAGGUAGAGCGAGUUACAAUGGAAACUGGAAGAUGUGCAGAGGAGGGCGACUGAGAUGAUCAAGGGUCUGGAAAGCCUUAGGAGGAAGGAGUGGGGAUGUUUAGCCUGGAAAAGAGGAGACUGAGAGGGAAAUGAGAGCCUUUCUCAUCAAAUACCUGAAGGCUGAUGCACGAGAAAUGGAGCAGGCUGCUCCAGAGCGCAGGACCUGAACCAAAGGACUCCGAUUGCACAAAGGGAGAUAUUCUGAUUUAACCUUAGCAAGCGCUUUCUGACAGCGAGAGAUGUUUCACAGUGGAACGGACUCCCUUUGAAGGGAGCCUUGUUGGAGGCUUAUAAAGAGAAGCCACCUGCCAGGGUUUCCUCAGGUGCGAUUCCUGCAUUGGGGUUGGACUAGAUGACGCUCAGGGACUCCCGUUCGGACUCCCCGAUUCCAUCGCUCUCGUUCUUCUCUCAGGGCCCAGAGUUUGUGCGCAAGCACAUCUUCAACAAGCAUGCGGAGAAGAUCGAGGAGGUGAAGAAGGAGGUGUCCUUCUUCAACAACUUCCUCAUGGACGCCAAGAGGCCUGCGCUGCCCGAGCUCAAGCCCAACCAGCCGCCGGGACAAGGUAAGGCAGAGAGGGACAGGCAGAACCAGGGGGGUCAGCAAAUGCACGGGGCGCAGGGGUCCUUCUCAGAAGAGGACACACUCAGAUCUGGCUUGUUUCCCACAAUAUUUUUAUAUUGGGAGAGGGCACUCUGGGGCUCCUAAUGCAGCAAAAACAACGCAGGAGGCAGCAGUUACAGGUUGCCGGUUUCUCCAGCCACAGCAGGCGCUGCGAUUCUCCAGCCGUUUGGCUUCACCUUAGGAGGCACACUCCGUUGUCUCUCGAGACAGAUGUAUUGCCACUGACAAUGUACCGUAUUUUUCGCUCCCUAAGAUGCACCUGAGCAUAAGACACACCUAGUUUUUAGAGGAGGAAAGGGGGAAAGCCUUGGUUUUUUUUGGGGGGGGGUCAGCUCACAGUUGUGCAGCUUCUUUUGCAAAGGGGAAAAGCCCCCUUUUUUGAGGAUCAGCUCAAAGUUGUUGAGCUUACUUUGCAAAGGGGAAAAAAUCCUGUUUUUAUGGGGUUCAACUCACAGUUCUGCAGCUUCUUUAGGAAAGGAAAGGGAGCCGUUUCCACUGUUUCCAGACAGAUAAUUUCGUUGUCCCCGAAGUAAUUUCGUUGUCCCCGAAGGGGGCAAUGACAAUAAAGAUAUUAUUAUUAUUAUUAUAAUCUAAUCAGCCAGUCCCAUGUCGUUGGGGAAACAAACAGCCUCCGUCUGCAGAACAUUCAACAAUGGAGGUCUGGGCAAGGGGGCAGAGCUGGAAAGGGAGCCAGCGAUCAUCCACACAUUCGCGCCAUAAGAUGCACAGACAUUUCCCCUUAUGCUUUAGGAGGAAAAAAGUGUGUCUUAUGGAGCGAAAAAUACGGUAUUUAUUCCUAUAUUCGGAAGGAAAAACCUCAAAGCGGUUUAAAAACCACAGUGAGAGCUAGGUGCUGGACUACGGAGGGGGGCCCUGGCCUGACACAGCGGCUCUCUUCCUCUCCCCAAGUGUCCCUUCCGCUUCUCUCCCGCAGCAACCACAGCGCUUUCCCUCUUCCUCUUGCAGGCUUGGCUCCAGGGCUGCCCUACCCUCCACAGGCCCCCCAGGGAUUGCUGCCCUACGGACAGCCCCGCCUGCCCAUCCUGGGAUACGGAGGUACGUAAAAGCUUCUGGCGAGGCCUCCCCACAAGGGGGCACCGGGGAGCAAGCAGCGCUGUUGCCCUGGGAGCAGGCUUUGUCCAGGGGAGCCCUGCAGGAAAUGCUAUUCCACAGGCAAUGACGGCUGUCUUCUGGGAUGGCUUUACAAGAGGACUGGACGAAUUCGUGUAGCGGAGGGCUAUUCACAGCUACUGGCUGCAAUGGCUCCUAUCUGCUUCCAUGCUCAGAGGCAGCAAUGCUGCUGACUACCAGUUUCUGGAAACCUCGAGAGCGGGGAGUGGCUCUUGGGUUCGAAUCCUGAUUGUGGGUUUCUCUUUUUUUUCUUUUUUUAAAUAAUAUUUAUUAAUUUUCAACCAUUUAAACACAACAAGAUAGACAAAACAAAAAAAAAGCAUAACAAAAUAAGACACAAACCAUUUAACACACAAAACAAUUUCAAUAUCUUAUCUUUCAUUCCCUUAUUUCCACGACCUCCUCACACCUCCCUUUUUGUAUUCCACUUCUAUUAAUUGUUUCAGCAAUUCGUUUCCAUCUUUCUGUUUCUAUCCUAUAAUUAUCUUAACAUAUUUUGACCUUAUUUUUCCCUUUAAUACUCUAUUAAUCUAUUUAUACUUAAUUCCUUAUAGCAUUUCUACUAGAGCCAUAUAACUUCAUUCCAACACUUUUCUUACAUUCACUGAUUGUGGGUUUCUCACUGGGGCAAAUGGUUGGCCCCUGUGAGGACAGGAUGUUGGACUAGUUGUUCCGCCUGGCCUUUGGCUUAGAAUCAAUUUGACUCCCUCCCGCUCUUUUCUUUCUUUUUUCCUUUCUCCUCCUGUGAUGAGGCUGCAUUUUAAUGUUUUAACGCUUUGAUGUUGAUCUUGUUUUUUAAGUUGUAUUUCAAUCAACUUGUUUUUAUUAUUGGUUGUUAGCCGCCCUGAGCCCGGUCUUGGCUGGGGAGGGCGGGGUAUAAAUAAAAUUUUUUAUUAUUAUUAUUAUUAGCCUGAUGCAGCCAGACUCCUCUUUCUUUCUUAUGGAAAACAAACACAUUAGUUUUUGUUUCGGAACAAACAGUUUAAUAACGUGUACUUAAAACAUCUUUAUCAACUACAACAGAAACGAAAACCCUCCCAGCACCUUCCAAAGACACCCCAAUAAUAACACAGUGUGUCAGUUUCUGAAGAUCUCCCCCCCCCCCUUUGGUCUCUCGCAGGGGGCCCUCCUUACCCACCAACCCCAUACGCCGCUGGCAGGGGGAACUACGACACCUUCCGAGGGCAGGGCGGCUACCUGAACAAACCACGCAACAGGUAGGUGUUCAUGUAUCUAAUUCAAACAAGAGCAGAGAUGGGCCGCCGCAAACCCAUUGUGGAGGGGUGUGGGGCUGUGCCUUACAGGGGGGUCAGAGAUGGCGCAGCCAGGCCCCAGAGCCCCCAUCUCACCCCCAAUUCUCUCCGCAGGAUGGUGCGAGGCGACCCACGGGCCAUAGUGGAGUACCGAGACUUGGACGCCCCAGAAGACGUCGAUUUCUUUUGA